AUGGACAUCCUCGACUGUGCCGAAUUCUAUGCGUUCGACCAAGGAAGCAUCCUAUUCCAGUACACGAGGGUUCUCUUUCACCAGGACUCCAGAAUCUUUCUCGGUCAAUACUCAGGACGAAAAACUGCUAUCGGAACAAAUCUGGACAUCGAAAGACUUUCCGCUAUACAAGAGAUACUCCCCGAGAUGUACCGUCCACAGGAUUUGGACAACUACAUCCAUUCCUCAAAAUUUCAAGUUGAGGGAGUGCACAUCAAACGGCCAAACUUGUUACAGUUCGAUGGCACGCCUCAUCUGGCGGAACUCAUGCUUGUCGAUCUAAAAGCUUGCGAGAUCCUACAUCAACAUCCACACGUGAAUAUCGCGAGAUACUUAGGAUGUCUCAAGGAGGAUGGGAAAGUCGCUGCAUUGUGCUUCUCGAAGUACAAGGAGACCUUGAUGGACAAACUCAAUCCAGAGGGUCUUAGUAAGGUUGACUUCAUCAACACUGCAGCGGAAGCUAGGUCAGCAGCUUCCCAGAGGUAUCUGCCUCGUAUCGAGCAAGCAGUACGACACAUACACGAGCUGGGACUAGCACACAAUGACAUCAACCCGGAGAAUAUCAUGAUAGAUUCGGAGGAUAAUCCCGUCCUCAUUGACUUCGACUCAUGUGUAGAGCAAGGUUCACCAUUGUCAGGUAUCAAACGUACUUUAGGAUGGUAUGACGAAUCGAUUGAGGUCUCAAGACCUGAGAACGAUUGGCGCGCACUGAAGGAGAUCAGGACGUGGCUUGAAGCUUCGACUGCUGAGAGUUUCUCGUUUGGCUAUUGA